UCAUGAAGCACACAGUCAACGAACCUGUGGUUUCCUACCGUUUCUUUUCGACUCUCCCCAAUUCUUUCGAUCCAAGCAAACGCUAAUAAGGUCCUUUGAUCUUCGGACUUAUUCACCCGUUGAUUUGCAGUACUUCUACUGCAUUAACCUCCGUAAAACUAAAACCCCAACCAAACAACACGCAGAGCUAGAGUGACACACACAGAUAUCGUCGUUUUGCUUGCUUGCUUGCUUGGUAAAAGAUACAGAAACUGUGUUCACUAAAACACAGCUUUUGAGUUGAGUAUUUACAAAUCACACUGUGAGGAAGAGAACACAGGAGAGAGACAGAGAUGGAGAGCCAAUCCCAAUCAGAGGGUGCUGAUAACAACAUAGCCACUGUCAAAGACAUGCGUCAACAGCUCGAAUCACGUGUGCAAAACCAACGCAACUCUCAGCUGGACCUCAUCGCCUCUCUCCAAACCCUAGUCCCCGACAUUGUCUCUUCUCUCGAUCUCUCUCUCAAAGUUAUCUCCACCUUCAAUGCCCGUCCGUACACUCCCCUACCCAAACCCCUCCCAAACCCUAAUCGCGUCCACAAAAAUCCCCAAUUUCUACCACCAUCAGAACCCGAAAAUACACCGGAAAAGCACUCAAUUCGCCGCUUGGCCGAGCCGAAAAUCAGUAAUUCCAAGAAUUUGCAGAUAAAGAAAUCGCCAGAAGUGGCGGGUCGUCGAUCCGAGAGUGAGAAGUUUGUGGUUGAUGAGAGUGGGAAUCCGUUAGCGGUGGUUCGUUCGAUGGUGGCGGUGUGUCUGUUGGAGAGAGUGCCGUUUACGGCGAUUGACUCUUCGACGGUGUUGAGGAAGCUGGAGAAUGAUCAGUCGGCCACAGCUGCGGAGAAGGCGGCGUUGAGGGAGGUAGGUGGGGAGUCGGGGGCCAUUCUUGCGGUGGAGAUGGCUUUGAGGUCGAUGGCAGAGGAAAAUGGUGGCGUCGAAUUAGAAGAAUUUGUGGUGAGUGGGAAAUCUAGGGUUAUGGUUAUGAAUAUUGAUCGAACUAGGCUUGUGAAAGAAUUGCCGGAAAGUAAACUGAACGAAUCGAGUUUGAAUGAUGGAAAUCGAAUUCAAGAAGUGGCACCGAGUGGUGGUGAUGUUAAUGCUAACGGUGGGGACUUUGGAUUGGGAAAGCUGGUGCCGAGGCCAAUGCAGGAUACGUGGAUGGGACCUGGACCAGGGGACCCACAUUUCCCGAUGUUUUCAGGAGGUGGAGGGCCGGGAGGAUUGAUGAUGGGGCCAAGAGGUGGGCCGAGAGGGAUGGUGGGGAUGAUGGGAAUGCCCAGAGGGAUGAGUGUUCCUCCUCCAAUGCAUAGACCUCCAAUGGGGCCAAUUGGUGGAUCACAUGUGAUUCCUUUGAAGCCCAGGAGUGAGGAGGAUGAUCUGAAGGAUCUCGAGGCUUUGUUGAACAAGAAGUCUUUCAGGGAAAUGCAGAAAUCGAAAACCGGAGAGGAGCUUUUGGACCUUAUUCAUCGGCCCACUGCUAGGGAAACAGCUGUCGCUGCAAAGUUCAAAAGUAAAGGCGGUUCCCAAGUGAAGGAAUACUGUUCAGCCUUAACGAAACAAGAUUGCCGACGUCAAUCUGGUUCCUAUAUUGCCUGUGAAAAGGUUCAUUUUCGGCGCAUAAUUGCUCCCCACACUGAUGUCAAUUUGGGGGACUGCUCUUUUCUGGACACCUGUCGUCACAUGAAGACAUGCAAGUAUGUCCAUUACGAGCUUGACUCAACACCAGAUGUUCCACCUGCAAUGAUGGGAGGUAAUGCUUUACCUCCUCCAAAGCCACUGAAGCCUCAGCGCGCCGACUAUUGUUCAGAGGUAGAGUUAGGUGAAGCACAGUGGAUUAACUGUGAUAUUCGUAACUUUAGGAUGGACAUAUUAGGGCAGUUUGGCGUUAUAAUGGCUGAUCCGCCAUGGGACAUUCAUAUGGAAUUGCCUUAUGGGACUAUGGCUGAUGAUGAAAUGCGCAGUCUUAAUGUUCCUGCAUUGCAGACUGAUGGUCUAAUAUUUCUAUGGGUCACUGGACGUGCAAUGGAGCUUGGACGCGAAUGUUUAGAACUUUGGGGAUACAAGCGUAUUGAGGAGCUCAUUUGGGUGAAGACCAAUCAACUUCAGCGAAUUAUCAGAACAGGCCGCACCGGCCAUUGGCUUAACCACAGUAAGGAGCAUUGCCUUGUUGGAAUAAAGGGCAAUCCGGAAGUAAACAGGAAUAUUGAUACUGAUGUUGUUGUUGCCGAGGUUCGAGAAACAAGCCGCAAGCCAGAUGAGAUGUACCCAAUGCUGGAGAGGAUAAGUCCAAGGACAAGAAAGCUGGAGUUGUUUGCUAGGAUGCAUAACUGUCAUGCUGGAUGGAUGGCACUUGGCAAUCAGUUGCAAGGGGUACGGUUAGUUGAUGAAGGCCUGCGGGCAAGGUUUAAGGCUGCUUACCCAGAUGUGGAGGUGCAGCCCUCAUCACCUCCUAGAGCAUCGGCCAUGGAAGUUGAUGCCAAUGCUGCUCAGAUAAGAAAUCCAUUUGGGGGAGAUGAAUUGAAGUCCACAGUAACACAGUUUGCAGAUGUCACAGCCCCUGAGGUGGCAUAUAUAUCUGAAGUGAAGCCAAUGAACCUAGAUGUGGAAAUAGCUCGCUGAAUACCUGCAUUCUGUUAUGCAACUUAUUUUGAGCAUCUAAUCUAGUCACAUAUUCUUGUUCUGCUUGUGCCUAUUCCAUUUAUUAUUAAUCGAGUAAAAAGCAAAGGAAAUUUGUGCCCAAGGAGGUCCAAUUUCAAUUUUGGCUGUAGACAACCAAUGCAAUUUUUUAUGGUUAAUUUAUGGGCAUUAUGGCACCAGUUGGUACCUUUUUUAAGUGGAUAGUUAUGCAAGUAGCUUCCCAUCUGUUUCUGGGUGGCAGUGGCACCAAUGUAGCCCGUUGUGCAUCUUGCAUAUAAAAGAAAUGAGGACCUGUUGGCCAGAUCGGUUGCAGCUAGCAAAUUUAUAAUUAAGAGCAGUGGGUCAGAUGUAUGAAUUUUAUUAUUAUUAUUAUUAUUUUGGGUU